CCCAGCGCGGCACGGAGCCGGCCCGCGUCCGAGCCCGCCGCGGGGGAGAGGGACGCCAAGAAGCCGCGCUCGGACGAGCAGGACACGCUGGCGAGGAUGCUGGUGCAGGGCGUGGUGCGCGUGCUGCAGAACCGGGUGUCCGAGGGCAGAGGGCCUGCCCCCGUGGCCAGCCUCGAGGAGGAGUUCAAGGCCCUGUGGAAGGUGCCCUUCAACCUGCAGCAGGCGGGCGAGACGGACGCCGUGUCCUUCUUGAGGAAGUGGUCCAACAAGGUCGAGGUCUCGAAGGGCCCCGACGGGGCCUUCGUGGUGCAGCUGGCGAAGAAGGGCGCCGACAAGGCCAAGGCCGGGGCGGCCGCCGCGGAGGCGCCGCCGCCCGCCAAGGCCGCGGCCGCUGCCGCUGUGGGCAAGGAGAUGCUCACCAAGAUGCACGACAUGGUGCGACGGCAGGAGGAGCUCGUCAGCACCCUGCGAAAGCUCUCCGCUGAGCUAAAGGGCUGA